AUUCAACCAAGUGAUUCAGUUGCCUCAGUCAGUUCGACUGGGAACCUUCUAGCGUUCAAAUCAGCUACUUGCGUGGCUUGCAGACAACAAAGGUGGCAUUAAACUCGGUGGCUCCUCAGUGAGGACAUUUUAAGACAUUUUUCGUUUCAUCUCUAGAGCAAACAAAAAAAACAACCAAGCAGUGCUAUAUACAAACUCUUAUAUACAUAUUAAGGACUCUUUCAGUGAAGACCAAGACAUCUUCACAUUUUCAUCCCAAAUUCCAUUUUUUUGGGUGACUUAAAGUAAAAAGGAAAAGAAAAAUCAUCAAGAGGAUCUACUGAAAGGAGCAAAAGACAAAAGAACAGCGACUUUCCCUUUUUGAGUUUAUUUUUUUAUUUUGUGUUUUUCUUUCGCGGGUGAAGACGGAGAAAACAACAAUUUCAGCUUCUGGCUUUGAUCAUUGUAUGGAGCGUGAAACCAAGGCUACAAAGAGAGGGGACGAGCCGGGCCUGACAAAGUUGCAGGAUCGGAGUGAAUUUGGACCUGAUUGUCCCGUACCGAAUGGCCGUCAAGAUGGUGGCUAUGUGCCAACGGUUGGCCGCUGGGGCUGCGAGUGGCCAAGUUGACUCGCCGAAGGGAGCCUUGGGUAUGGACUCCCUGUCACCACCAGGUCGGUGGUGGGUUUACCCACUACACCUGGUGGAGUGACACAGGACGACCAUCGUGAAACGAGCCGAUGUAUCGGCGAUGAUGGGGCGGCCGCAGAAUUGGCUCUCGUGUCCUCGACACGCUGGGCUGCGUCCGAUUCCUAUCACUUGAUGGCGUUCGAUCAGCAAAAUGGUGCAUGGCCCAUUCACCAUCCGCUUCCGCUGCCCGCAUGGUCUGACACCCCAAAGUUGCGACUUGUGGUGGACAAAGUGUGGCAGUAUGAGGAGCUUGUGGCCAUCACCGAGACUGUCUUGCAGCGUAUGCUUGAGGAGACAUUCUACGACACCGUGCACAACUUCUUGGAUCUUCAUGGGGCUUUUAGACGCUCCGGUGGGUCUGAUCUACGGCUUUUCUUCCAACACUACACACCACCGGUCAAUAGGCGUCAUCACAUGUGCGUGAGUCUCGCCAUGGAGAUUGUUGCGCGUCUGGCUGAUGUUGUACCCGCACUAGCUGAGCACCUUUUCAUCGUAUCCUGCGAGGAAGCGGUGGAAGCAGCUGAGCCCUACAUCGCCAACUGCCACAAGGGACGUCAUCUAGAUGUGGCUGCUCAUUCGCUGGAGAAGGAACACGCUCUCAUUGCUGUUCACAUCAGCGUGGCAGGACGCGAUGGGCUCAUGAUUCUCGAUCCAGGCUAUCACGUGGCACGAGCUGUUACGGUGAUGAAGGACCUCUGCUACCCGCAUACAGGCUGGUUCACUCAAUCCGACGAACCACAUUGCCGUCGUGAGUACUGCUACACCCUGAGUCCUCACAGUGGGAACUUUGUGGAGUGGUCGGAGAGAACAACACGCGGUACGGUGGUUGCGCAUGAGUUGGCCCUCAUCUACGUGGAACGACCCUAUAGGACAGCCAUUGAUGUGACGGUGCGUAGGAAUCUUGUCUACAACUUCCGCUCAUUGCUAGCUAGAGACGCCAAGGGACGCGUCUGUGCAGGACUCUACUUUCCCGUUGUGCCCGGACCAGAGGCACAGCUCACGCUCUUCUAUGAUGGCGUCAACAAUGCUAGCGUCAAGGUUAAGGUUAAAUUCUCAACGUUCAACCGUCGUGACUCCAUCAAAAUAGGGGGGAAGAUGAAGAUAGAUGAAAAUCUUUCAAAUCUUCAUCAUAGCUUCAUCUUUUCUAACCUAUGAGAAAUGGUAAAGUUUAUUUUCUUAAUUUUAUAUGCUUUUUAAAAGAAUUUAAUACUAAUUGGUUUAAUAUGGUAAAAGUCCUACAGAAGAAUACGAAAUAAUUAUUAUUGGAAUAUUAAUUUAAGAUUUUUUGCUCAUUUUUCUAGAAAUUUUUGGUUUGUUUUGGUAUUGAAAAGCUUCUAAAUCUUAAUUUAAAAAUUGUGAAUAAUUAAAACAUAACCUAGAAAAUUGCGCUGAAAUUCUUUUGAAAGUGGUGGGUUUAUUUUUACUUUAAAUUGUUUGUGUUUGUCCUAUUUUUCUUAAAUAAAUAAAAGUAGAAAAAGAAAUAUAUGUAGGUUAGUAUAGUAGGGAUAAGGGUGGACCAAAAACAAUGUAGUCUGUAGAAGGGUUAUGAAGUAACCGAAAAGUCACAAGUAAGCCAUGCAAACAUUAUUUUUCUGAUAUGUUUUUUUAUAUUUAGUUCUUUUAGCUUCUUUUCUAAGUCGUCAGUUAGGUGAUUUAUAUAUAUUUAGGUUCCCAAUUAAGAAUCAGGGUGCAUUAGGUUUAAAAAUUGAGUUAAAACAUUAAAAUAAAGUAAAACUAACAAAAUCCGUUUAAAAAUUUAAAGAUUUUUAUUUUCUUUUUAAAAAAAAUAUUAUCAAAACAGUUUAAAAAUAAAAAAAAUUAUUUGAACAUUUUUAAAAUUCAACUGAAGAUUCUGUUUUAAUAUAAAUGGAAAACUUUGAAAAAUAUCUUAUGUUAAGAACUCAGAACUCUUAGGUUAAGAACCAGGAGACAACAGAAAAGAAGCACCUUCUUCAGGGUCUGCAGUUGGUAUGAAAAAAGAAAUAUUUUUAAGAACUAUCAAGUAGAUUUUAAAAAUAAUAAUUCAACACAAAGGUUGAUUUCGAAUUCCUAUUGCCAAAUUGCUUGCUUCUUAUGUUUAAAAUUUCUCAUAAAACCCUCAUUAAAUGUUUUCUUUUGUGUUUUUAUUUGUCCACCAACAGCUCCCGGAAACCGUUGCAGGCCACGUAAAGAAUUUGGCUAAGCAAUUGCGUAUGGAGUUUGAAGAAUUACUGGAGCUACUUCAAGACCUUGCGGACGUUGCAGCUGAUCAGGACUUUGUGCAACAAACACUGGCCAUCAAUGAAACCAUAACGGAAAUGUCAGCAGAUAAUUAAGACAGUUCUUGGUGGAAAAUACAAAAAAAAAAUCUUUUUUUUUCAGCAUAAAAGCACUAUUAGAACUAUAAUUCCUUAACCGUUUUAGUGCUUCCUACAAUUUAAAUACUCUUCAAUUUAAUCUUCAAUUAAAAAAAAAGAAUUAAAAGAAAACAAUUCAACAUUGUAAUCAACACCUAUAUUAUGCUUCUGAUAAAUACCUAAUAAAAAACAUCCCCUAUGCUGAAAAUUC